AUGGAGCGGUUCCCGCAAACUGUGGCUGUUUGUUGGCCAAAGAGAGAUCAUUCCGACGACACAGAGGUCGAAAGGCGACAGGAAGCGGAAGAAGAACAAGCGGAAGGGAGGAGCGGCCGGCGGUGGCGGAGGGGGAGGGGGAGGCGGUGGCGGAGGUGGCGGUGGCGGCGGCGGCGGCGGCAACUACAAGGGCGCCACAAAGGGCGGCCUCAAGAAGCACCUCAAGAAGUACAUGUUCCCGCUCCUCAUCGCCUACAAGCUCAAGUUCCUCACCCUCAUACCCCUGUUGAUCGGCGGCCUAGUUCUCAUCGUGGCCUCUACCGGAUUCGCGGGCUUCUUCUUCGCCCUCUUCGCCGUAGGUGUCGGUCUCAAGAAGGACUGAUCUCUACUCCCUCAGGACUGCCGUUCAACGGGCGAAAUGUUGUUUGCGAGGAUAUUUCUCAACAAGUCCACAAUUGUAUAUAA